GCAGUGGCUGCGGGCAGAGCCCAGGUGCAGCAGGACCCAUGGGCAGAGACCACCGAGGGCACCGGCAUCAGCAUCAACUGCUCACACACCAACAUACAGUCUUACGACUACAUCCACUGGUACCGUCAGCUCCCUGGCAGAGGACCCGCAUUCCUCGCACUCACUCUUAAAGAGUCCAAAGAGCUGCGGGACCCGCCGGGGCGGCUGUCGGUGGCGGCAGACCGCCGGUCCAGCGCCCUGUGGCUCUCCCGGCCCCAGCGUGGGGACGCGGCGGUGUAUUACUGCGCCUGCUUUCUGACAUCCAACUGGAAAGUCACCUUUGGAAGUGGGACAAAACUGAUGGUGAAACCAGAUGUUACUCCAUCUCCUUCAGUCUACAGGCUGAUCUCUAAAGAUGAUGAGGAUUUGGAAAUGUGCCUUAUCACAGAUUACUCCCCUGACAAGCUUACUCUUAACUCGUCUGAUAAGCAGACAAAUGCUGUUGUGGAGGUGGCAACAUCCGAGAACAAACAGGAAGCAAGCUACCUGUCAACCUACUGGGCCAAGAAAGAUGAAAUGCAGUGUCGUGCAAAUCAUGAGGGCUUUGGAGAACUGGAGGGCGAGGAUCCUGAAAGUGGUGCCAGCACUGUCUGUGUUACAGGGGUGUCUCUACACUUCAGGACAGAUGAAAACCUGAACAUGCUGUCUUUAUCACAGCUUGGCCUGAAAAUAAUUUUAAUGAAAGGAGUAAUUUUUAAUGUGCUGAUGACAAUGCUUAUGUGGAAAAAAAAGAAUGAAAGUAACCAGAUGGUGCCAUGCUGA